UCGUAGGGGGAUAACGCUCGUCCGUGCGCUGCCCCAACCGCGUGUCCUUUUAACUUAAAUCCUUUAUAAAAACGUGUGCUAUCAAAAAUAUAAUCCUCAGUGCGUGAUAUAUUGUGACCCAACUAUUGUUUUGUGUGGCCUUUGAUGCGAUUCAGUUCCACCCCGUAAUACGAUAUUGCUGUUGGGCAUUUCAGCGAGUAAACAGCUCUCUAAGUUUGGAUACGUAGAAAUGUCAGCCGUUAGCAGCGAAGUUAUUCACAUACAGAAAGAGAAGCACUAAAUUGGCGAUGACUUCUGAAAAGCCUGUAGACGUAGUUGAAAAUGCAAACGUAAAGAACACAGCAAAGUAUCCAGAAGUGAACAUUGAGAAUAACAAGACAGACAAAGGCGAAGAUUGCAAACAGAGAACACAUACGCUUAUGCAACUAGUUUACGAGAUUCCAGAUGAAAUAAAGCCAAAUAAAAACAGCACCAUGCUCAAAGAGGCCCCACCGAUUACAAUUGUAGAGAUCACGGAACAGAAUGGUUGUGAAUCAGAGCUAGAUAGUGCGAGACAAUGUGAUAGUGAUUACUUUAAAAGAUCUAGUCCAGAAUUAGGCAAUAAGGUCGUAUACGACGUUUUAGCUACUAAUGAACUAAUAAUGCAAUGCGCUGAAGACUUUAAGGGAGUUUUAGAGAGUUCUUCGCCGGACGAUUGUACGGAUGAAGAUUUGGAAGAAUUGAAGAGGUUGUUAGAGAGUAAGCCGAAGUUGUUGGAGAAGUAUGUUAGGGAGUGUGCGUCGACGGAGGAGGUUAAUCGGCUGCAUACUGUGACUUCUUGUGGACCUCUGUCUCCGAGGCCACGGCAUGAAGCUAGGAGUACAUCGGUGACGUCAGAUCUGUUUCAACUAUGGCUGUCGUCGUCUCCCGUAAAGAGGUCCAGGUCUCCCAGCAGUUCAGCGCAAAGGCAGCUGGAUGAAGCGGACCUGUUCAUGGACCUUAUCAAGGAUGUAGCCAAUGAAUUGGAUAUUGAUGUUCUUUGUCAUAAGAUACUGGUCAACGUGUGUCUCCUAACAUCAGCUGACAGAGGAAGCCUGUUUCUAGCCAAAGGGACACCCCCAAACAGAUAUUUGCAAGCCAAACUGUUCGAUGUAACAAGAGACACAGAAUUAUAUGACGCAUUACGGAUGGCGCGUACGCAAGAAAUUAGAAUACCGUUUGGCGUAGGGGUCGCAGGGUUGGCAGCUCAAACGAAACACCCCAUCAAUAUUAGGAACGCGUACGCAGAUCCACGGUUUAACAGUGAAAUUGACGUCAAGACUGGUUACAAAACGGAGCUAAUUCUAUGUAUGCCGAUCUGUAAUUACGAGGGCGACGUUGUAGGCGUUGCACAGAUAAUAAAUAAGACAGAUGGCUCAAAAGAAUUCUCACCUCGUGACGUAGAAGUCUUCAGGCGAUAUCUUACAUUCUGCGGCAUUGGUAUUCAAAAUGCGCAGCUCUUUGAAUCGUCUGUACUCGAAUAUAAGAGGAAUCAGAUUCUACUGGCAUUAGCUAGGAGUAUAUUUGAAGAACAGAGCAAUUUGGAAUGCCUUGUGACGAAAAUAAUGACGGAGGCACGAGAGUUACUGAAGUGUGAGAGAUGCGCUGUAUUUAUACUGGAUACGGAUCACUGUGAAUCGAGUCAUCUAGAACGUAUAGUUCAACGUCCAGGCGGUCGGAAAGGCCAGCCCGCACUACCACCUCCAGCGCCGACCAGAUUCCAUACAUUGUUCGAGUUGGGCGCGCAACAUUCUAGAACGACGCUCACACCGAGACAUGAUGCUACUUCAACUUUGGCGUCUAUUGCCUUGGCUGUAGCCCAAUCAAACAAAGCGCUGAACAUAUCCGAUGUGGACGAAUGGAGGAGUGAAAAUGGCAUGACGAAUAAGGAAUGUGACGACGCUGCGAACGUCCGGACCAUGCUGUGCAUGCCCAUUGUGAACGCGAAUAAAGAUGUUAUUGGUGUUGCGCAGCUUAUUAAUAAGGAGAACGGAUCACAAUUCACAGAUGGCGAUAUUUCGAUAUUCGAAGCGUUUGCCAUUUUCUGUGGUCUCGGAAUUCAUAACACACAAAUGUAUGAAAACGCUUGUAAACUCAUGGCUAAGCAAAAGGUGGCAUUAGAAUGUCUAUCAUAUCACGCAACUGCAUCCGCUGAAGACACAGCCAAGCUAUGUCAGGAUAUCAUACCUUCGGCAGAAACGUAUAAUCUAUAUAGCUUUAAAUUUCACGACUUCGAUCUCGCAGACGAAGACACGUGUCGAGCGACUCUACGCAUGUUCCUACAAUGCAAUCUGGUUGAGAAAUUCCACAUACCUUAUGACGUCCUCUGUCGUUGGAUUCUAAGCGUGAAAAAGAACUACCGACCCGUAAAAUACCACAAUUGGAGACAUGCCCUCAACGUAGCACAAACAAUGUUCGCAAUGUUAAAAACAGGCAAAAUGGAGAGAUUCAUGUCCGAUCUAGAGAUCCUUGGUCUUCUAGUAGCUUGUCUAUGCCACGAUUUAGACCAUAGAGGAACGAAUAAUGCGUUUCAAACGAAAACAGAGAGCCCUUUGGCGAUUUUGUACUCGACUUCUACAAUGGAACAUCACCAUUUCGAUCAGUGUGUUAUGAUUUUGAACAGUGAAAGCAAUAAUAUCUUUCAGGCUCUCUCACCUGUCGAUUACAAGACAGUAAUGCGUGUGGUGGAAACGGCGAUCCUCUCAACAGAUCUAGCGAUGUACUUCAAGAAGAAAUCAAAGUUCCUAGAAUUGGUCGACAAUGGAGAAUUUGAUUGGCAGAGUCCGGAGAAAAAGGAGUUGCUAUGCGGCAUGAUGAUGACAGCAUGUGACGUAUCAGCGAUCGCCAAACCCUGGGAAGUACAACACAAAGUAGCUAAAUUAGUAGCAGAUGAGUUCUUCGAUCAAGGAGACUUGGAGAAGUUGCAGCUAAAUCAGCAACCUAUAGCUAUGAUGGAUAGAGAGAAAAAAGACGAGCUACCACAGAUGCAAGUGGGUUUCAUCGACAUGAUCUGCCUUCCUCUAUACAAAGUCCUCUCGGACACGUUUCCAUGGAUACAGCCGCUAUACACCGGCACUAUGGAGAACCGCCAGCGCUGGCAGGACCUCGCUGAGAAGGUGGAGAUGGGACUCACUUGGAUAGACCAUGAUACUAUUGAUAAACCGAUCGAGGAGUUCACCACUUCCAACGACGUAAUUAAAGACGUGGAAUUCACACUACAGACACUAAACUGUCAACGACCGGUCUCUGAUACUAUGGCACUUGUAAAGCCGAUAAAAACUCCCUUCCACUCGCUAAGGAGGGGGAAAACGAGCAGCGUCACAGUCAGGUCUUCGAGGAGUAAGCUUACUAGGUCUCUCUACGCGGGCGGCAGCGGCAGCGCUCCAACAGCGAGGGCGACCGCCAGCCCGCCGCGCUCCCCGCUACACCACACGCACCAGGCGCACAAACAUAAGGGACGGUUAUGCCAUAUGUUGUGACGAAGUUUAAAUUGGGGCAGUCAGAGCAGCUCAGACAAAAAGGACAUUAUGAAGCCGUCCCAAUCGAUCGACUAACUUCGAAUGUGACGUCAUUCAGCUCUUACUAGCUCAUGAAAGCAAGCUUGGAAAUUUAAUAAUUACUUUCAGUGUAAUAUGAUACUUAUGCCAAAGAAGAUAAAGCUCGUUUUUAUGAGAUUGUAACAAACUUUUUCUCGGUUCAAUUCUGAUGCGAAUUGACUUCAAUGAAACAGUGUUUACUAUGUAUUUGUUCAAAAAAAUAAUUUGUUAUGAUAAAAAUACAGUAAUCAUUGCAAUGGUGGCAGUUUUAAAAUUUCACAACUUUAAGACACUCGGGUGUUAA